UCGUCGUCGCCUCACGCGUGCUCUUUGGCCGUCGCCAUGUGCUCGUUCUACAACGUGUGGCUCUUGAUCUGGCGAAGACUUCUGGUGCAGACUGUUCGGCGCCACUACUUGGCGCUGGCCUUCGAGUUGGCCUUCGUGUUGGCCGUGUUCCUGUUCAUUCUGCACAGCGACCACGUGGACCUGAAGGAGGUUAUCAAACACAACCGUUCCUUUGUGCGCUUCCACAGCUCCGAGUCCAUAUAUGUGAGCGGGAACUUUCACAACGAGCCGACAAACUUGACGGUUGUGUAUGGACCCGGAAACAAUCACAGGGAUAAGCUGAUCGCCGCCGUGAUAAAGGAAAAAGAACCAGAUGAACCACUCCCGCCGGAAUGGCCAAAGGUCUCGCACACUGUGGUUCGAGUGGACGACGCUGCUUCCGUUGUCGCGAAGUGUCGAGAAGCCAUCACUCGGCGAGGUCGGUUCAAGUACGCAUACACCGACGCCCUGAAGCGCACGCUCUGCGUCGAGUUCCUGACGCCUGACGCCGCCGGCGACACCGCCAAGAGUCUCUCGUACAACUUUGUCGUGCCACUUCCGUCUGACGCAACGUUCCCCACCGAGAUCAUGCUGGACAUGCACGAAGUCCUCACCAACCCGCACUUCCAUUACUCAAGCGCCGAGAUAGACGCGAUCAAAGCGGUAACGUACCAUUGGCAGGCACUCAUUGACCGUGCUCACAUGAGCCUCCAUGCUACAGUUCCAAGUACGCCCAAACUGUACGUCGGAGUGCUUCCCGGUGACCUACCGGUCUCCAAUAUCAAAGGUUACCGGAACGGAUUUUUUGCUGCCCUCUCGGUCGGCUUCUGCCUUCCUCUAGUGUGGCGCAUACGAGACGUCAACACGGAGAUCGCAUCGGGCCUCAAGGACAUGCAGGGGAUCACGGGGCUGUCGUCCAACCAGUUCUGGCUGGGCCACUUUCUCUCUGCCUUGCCCCUGACUCUCGCUGAGGCAGUCAUCGCAACUUGCGUGGUCUUCCUUCGCCAAGAGCCGUACCGUCCGACGGACCCUAACAGCCCGUACAACAAGGACGACUCAGAAUUGCCAGACCGCGCGCGCAAGUACAUCCGUGUGCACAGGAAGACUCCCGAGAGUACGUCGUAUCUGGAAAACGCGGACGCCUCCCUCGUAUUCACCUCCUUCGGGCUCUUCACUGUCUGCCACACUCUGCUGGCCCUUCUCGUCGCCUGCGUCUUUCCAUUUGGUCGAUGGGCAAUGGUGAUAGGAUUUGCAGUCUAUUACAUGUUUCCCACCUGCGACGGCGACAAGUUGAGCAUCCUCUUCAGGCACUCUCUGUACGUUUACCUGAGCGAAAGCAAACUAGAGAAAUUUCGCACGGCCUUGUAUCCCAACGUGGCCUUCAGUACAAUCAUGAAGAUCAUCGGCAUAUUUGACGACUUCGAAAGGUCGGCUGGCUGGGAUAUCAUUUCCACGUCUGCCCUGAACAUGGACCGUGUUACUAUCCUGGAAAUGUUGUCAAUCAUGGGCGCCAGCUGCUGCGUAUUCGUCGUCAUGAUCGUCUACCUGUCGAAGGUCCUCCCUUGGGCUACAUCAACGCCUGUGCACCCGCUCUUUUUCCUAGCGCCCAGCUACUGGUUUCCGAGGGAAGUCACGUUCACAGAAAUGCUGCCAGGAGCCCCUAACAGCGAACGUUUCCAGCCUCGUCCAGCCUUCGCGAUCCUUAUAAAUUGUAAGGACGUCGUAAAGACAUUCGGCAACACUGUCGCCCUGAACAAGGUAAACAUGACUAUCCACAAGGCCCAAGUGACAAUCCUUCUCGGGCACAACGGCGCGGGGAAGACGACGCUGAUGAGCAUAUUCACAGGUUUAAUACGGCCCGACAGCGGCGCUGUCACUCUUGGCGGACGAACCAUGAGCGCCUCUGAGGUCCGUAAAAACAUGGCCUUUUGUCCGCAAUUCGACGCGUUUUUCGAUGAUCUUACGGUAUCUGAUCACCUCACGUACUUCGGAUUGCUCAAAGGAAUGCGCAGCUCCACGAUUAACACGAACAUAACGACGCUGCUAAGGACCAUGCAGCUUUCUGACAAGGCGGAUGCUUUGCCACGACAGCUCUCCGGCGGGAUGAAGCGGAAGCUGAGCAUUGCGAUUGCCCUCAUCACCAAACCGCAAAUUUUGAUCCUGGACGAACCGACGGUCGGACUGGACCCCGACACACGACGCGUCAUUUGGAAGGUCUUGCAAGAACUGCGUAUCAAUACCACAGUGCUACUUUCCACGCACGAUAUGGAAGAGGCCGACGCGCUGGGCGACCGCAUCAUAAUCAUGUACAGCGGCACCGUCGUCUGCUGGGGAACGCCGAGUUUCCUCAAAGAUGCUUGCGGUGUCGGCUACAAGCUGCGCAUCUCCAAGGUCCCGAACGCCUUCAACAGCAAGGCAGUUCUAUCUGCGAUACUGAACGCAGCACCGAUGGCCGCUCUGGACGACGACAAGGACAACGAAGCGGUGUUCGCUUUGAACACGAUGGAUCGAAAUGGCUUUGCGGACAUGUUCAACGAGCUCGAAGCUAAAGGCCCGGCGCUCGGCAUUAAGAGUAUUGGAGUGACGGUGGCUACGAUGAAGGAGGCAUAUAUCAAAAUAUACAAAGAAUGGGUUGGGGACGCCAAGAAAGACCAGCCUCCUCAAAAGGAUGUGGCCGAUCCUGUCGUGGUAGUUGCGAGGCAACCGAACUGCUGCCAGCGCUUCCGGGCCCUGGUGCAGAAGCGGUUGCUGAUCCUAUGGCGCUCGCCUUUCCUCUUCAUCACCGGCUGGGUCCUUCCCAUACUCAUCGCAUUCGUCGGGCUGAGCGUCGCCAAGCAUAGUUCCCAAGACAUACCGCCUGCAUACCAAUACAUAGAUUUCGAUGUUGCCGCAUACGUCGACGCUGAUCGUGAACCACCACUGAGGACCUUUCUGCAGACCAGCCAGACAACCGACACCUCUCUGGGAUACAAAGUGCUCCUUGAGAGCGGAAAGGUGCCAUUCGACAACUUCAGGAACGCCAAGGAGACCCUCAUGACGAUGCUCGACGAGAACUUCCUCGAGUAUGCAAGGACCUAUGCUUUCGGCACCGUUUUCAACGGGACGAAAAUCGAAUUGUGGAGCAGCCGGUUGGGCGUGGUCGCGCAAAACGUCUUGCGCAACAUGAUCGACACGGUGCUCCUGCGUCAACACACGGGCCAAGCCAGCAGCCACUUUCGCACCGGUAUCUCGCUGUACAGGCUGACAGAUGAAGAGCUAUACGAUGAGGCCUACCACCGGGAUCCCUCGUUCGGCCUCUCGGAGCUUACGAUCUACACGUGGGCGUACUGGACCUUCAUGGGGUCGGUGAGCUUCGGGCUGAUCAUGUCGUCGUUCGUGGUGCUGCCUUCGCUCGAGGUGGUCAGCGAAGCCCGCGAGUUGCAGCUCAUGACGGGCGUCUCGGGCUUCCUCUACCUGUUCGCCCAUUUCGUCUUCGACUUGGCUUUUUACGCAGUCCCGAUGGCGGCUAUUUUCCUGGGAUACUCCGCCAUUUUGGACCUGCCAUCGGAUACACAGGCAUCGCUUCUCGUCAUCGCACUGGCAUUUGCUCUUCUCGGCAUAUUUUUCGCCUACCUUACCGCGGAGCACUCUUCUGACGGGAGCACGGCGUACGCCAUCAUGCUCGGCCUAUUCGCAGUAGCAGGUCCCGGCGUAAUCAUCGGAUAUUUCCAGCUGGCGUACGCCUCCGGAGCGGAAAUACGAUUGCCCUGCAUGUUCUUCCCGCCGUUCGCACUUCCGGCGGCGACGGUGCGGGCCAUCAACAUCAAGUACGAGGUCGCCAUGUGCGACUACCUUCGGAGCAAGACGACGCCGAAAAAGAAACACGUCGAUUUCUGCAAGAAGGCACACAAUUACGACGCUACGAUAAAACUUUGCUGUGACAUACUGAGCGGGCGGACCAACGAGGUCUGGAGCGAGCCGGCCGCGCUCUCGUUCUCGUCGUGCGGGGUCCUCUGGGACGUCGUCGUCAUGCUCGCCAUGGGCGCCGCGCUGUUCGCCUACCUCCUGUACCGCGCCUCGGGUCGGUCCCGACUCGGUCGCGAGGCGUCGACGCCGCCUCCGCGGUCGACCACGCCCGAGGACGCCGACGUGGCCGCGGAGAGGGCCGCGGUCGCGGACAUAUGCACACAGCGGCGCUUCGGGGGCGACAACGCGCUCGUGGCGCAGGAGCUGCACAAGGCGUUCGGCGACGCGUACGCGGUGCGGGGACUGUCGUUCGCCCUGAAGCCCGCCCAGUGCUUCGGCCUGCUGGGGGUCAACGGCGCCGGCAAGACGACCACGUUCCGAAUGCUGGUCGCCCUGCUCCGACUGACCUACGGCGACGCCUACAUCAAGGACGCAGUUCUGUCCCGAGACACUCGCAAGUGGCAAUCGAUGCUGGGAUACUGUCCCCAGGCCGGAGCGCUGCUAGAAAAGCUCACCGCUUACGAGACGCUCCACCUGUUCGGUCGCCUCCGCGGAGUGCCCGAGGACAAGUUGGCCGCGGUUGUAGAGAACGUGAUCAACAUCGUAGACCUCCGCGAGCAAGCAACUAGGGUAUGCAGCUACUACAGCGGCGGUAACAAGCGUAAGCUGUCCACAGCCGUGGCGAUGAUAGGCUUCCCUGAAGUGGUGUUCUUGGACGAACCGUACGCCGGCGUCGACGUGCUAGCCCGGUCGCAUAUCCACCGGGGAUUCGAACGAAUUAAAAGCACCACAAAGAACACCAUGGUGCUCACGUCGCAUAGCAUGGAUGAAUGCGAGCUGGCCUGCGACCGGCUGUGCAUCAUGGUCGGCGGCCAGAUGGCCUGUCUGGGAACGCUGCAGCACAUCAAGGACAGGUUCGGCAAGGGCUACAAGCUGCUGUUCCUACGGCCCGAAAACGCAUCCGUUGGACCGCAGGAUCUUGUCAAAGCCAUCGCCGAUGCUUUUCCGGGAGUUACGAUCGUGGAGGAGCAGUGGAAAUCCGUCGAGUGCCGCACGCAGGACAGGCUUCCAUGGAGCCAGUUGUUCAAGAAGAUCGCGGCCCUGGAAAAGCACUUUGCCUUCGAGCACGUUCUCGUGUCCGACAACACACUGGAGCAAAUCUUCAUCGCCUUCGUCCGGGAAGCACAAAAGAACCAAACCCGCAGGGAUGCAGUGCCAGCCGUGAACGCGAAGGCAAGCGCAAGUGCAAGUGCAAGUGCAAGUGCUACGGGCACACAGCAGGCAGCAGCGUCCUAAGUCUUUUCUCUAAGUAAAGCAACCUGUUCCAGUCGUCUAUGAAUGUACGAAUUUCAUCUUCUUGAAACAUAAUAAAUACUGAUGGAUUGAUUGAUUGA